AACGACCUGCUGGAUGUGGUGGCCAGCAUCGAGCUCUCGAAGAAGACGGUGUACAGGAUAAGAACCAACUUUGUCUUCGCACUGAUCUACAACCUGCUGGGAAUACCCAUCGCUGCAGGAGUGUUCAUGCCUCUGGGUCUGGUGCUGCAGCCAUGGAUGGGUUCUGCAGCGAUGGCCGCCUCCUCGGUUUCUGUGGUGCUGUCUUCUUUACUGCUGAGAAUGUACAAGAAGACGUCGGUGGAGCUGUAUGAGGUGCGAGCGCUGGGCCAGAUGAAGAGCCUGCGCUCGUCUCAGAUCAGCACACAUCUGGGUCUGGACGGCCCGCGGCGCAGCCCCUCGCUCCCCCCUACAGCUCGGGAGCCAUUGAGCCAAAGCCCCACCGACCCCCCACACAGCCAGGGAGCGUCCAUUAACUCCGUGCAGCAGCGGGACCUGCGUGUGUUGUGACGGGAAAAGGGAAGAAGGACUGAGAUGAGUUUCUGGUUCUCAUGUCCACGCGUUGUGUCCAUGUAUUUAUGUAAAUAGAUAAGGCUAAUUGUACACAGAAACUCAAUAAGUGCUCUUAUUUUGGCGGGCACGUUCACUUUUCACAUGAAUCUACAACUUUCUUAGUGAAAUGUCUGAAAAGCAAGCUGCUAACACCAAAAAGAAUAAGGUACUGAAGCAUUGUUUUUAUUUUAUUCACUAUGUGACACGAGUUAAUAUGAAAUAUGUUUGCCCGCGUGUAACUGCUGUACAAAUGCACUUUUACGAUAGACUCAAAGUAAAGCUACAGUGUUUGGAUCAGACUGUGUGUCUCAGGUUUGAAUACUGCAUGAGUAGAUUACACUUUCUAGAACGGAAUGGAGGGCGGACUUUCUGGACUUUUCCUUCAAAUGUAUUUUUAGCUGUGCCGAGGAUAAUUCAUAUAAAUGUAAUGAUUCAUGCUCUCUAUAACCAGAGGGAAACAGUUUCACAAAAAG